GACAAAACAUAAUGUCCUCCUCGCCACUCUCGAGCUCCAAUCUCCAGACAGACACAGAGAAACAGAGAAAGAGAGACAAUAGCCGUUACUUUCUCAGCAUUAGAACGUUAGGUAACAAAACCCCUUUCCCAACAUUCACUUCGCACUUCACUCUUCACACUUCACACUUCGCUCUUCACAACACAAAAUCCUCAAACGACAUCAACAACUCUCUCACUUCACUCUCUCUGUUCCUCACACCAAUGGCCACUCGCUUCACCCUCAUCUUUGCGGCUUCACUUUUGCUCUUGCUUCUCGAUUGUUGCUCUGGGAGUUUUAUUGGGGUCUGCUAUGGAAGAAGCGCCGAUGACCUCCCAACACCUGAUAAGGUGGCACAAUUGGUUCAACUUCACAAAAUCAAAUAUGUCAGAAUUUACGAUUCUAAUAUACAGGUUCUGAAGGCCUUUGCAAACACUGGGGUUGAGCUUAUGAUUGGGGUUCCGAAUUCAGAUUUGUUGUCUUUGUCUCAGUUCCAAUCUAAUGCAGAUAGGUGGCUGAAAAACAGUGUCCUUCCAUACUAUCCUGCCACUAAGAUCACGUACAUAACCGUUGGUGCCGAAGUCACCGAGAGUCCUAAUAAUGCCUCUUCACUUGUUGUGCCUGCCAUGACCAAUGUGCUUACAGCACUCAAGAAACUUGGGCUGCAAAAAAAGAUAAAGGUUUCCAGUACCCAUUCCCUUGGGGUUUUGUCCCGAUCGUUCCCACCUUCUGCCGGGGCUUUCAAUAGCAGUCAUGCACAUUUCCUAAAGCCAAUGCUAGAAUUUCUGGCAGAGAAUCAGUCACCUUUUAUGAUUGAUAUAUAUCCUUAUUAUGCUUACCGUGACUCCCCUAGUAAAGUGUCUUUAGACUAUGCCCUUUUUGAGGCAUCCUCUGAAGUGAUUGAUCCAAACACUGGUUUGUUGUAUACAAACAUGUUUGAUGCUCAGAUUGAUGCUAUAUACUUUGCACUGAUGGCCUUAAAUUUCAGAACAAUUAAGGUUAUGGUCACUGAGACAGGUUGGCCUUCCAAAGGGUCACCUAGGGAGACAGCUGCAACUCCUGAUAAUGCACAAACGUACAAUACUAAUCUGAUAAGGCAUGUUAUCAACAACACUGGUACUCCUGCAAAGCCCGGAGAGGAGCUAGAUGUUUAUCUUUUCUCAUUGUUCAAUGAAAAUAGGAAGCCUGGUUUAGAAUCUGAGAGAAACUGGGGAUUGUUUUAUCCCGACCAGACAAGUGUGUAUAGCCUUGAUUUCACUGGGCGGGGUGCGGUUGAUAUGACCACCGCGGCAAAUAUAACCAAGUCCAAUGGAACCACAUGGUGCAUUGCCUCAAGUAAGGCCUCACAAAUAGACUUGCAGAAUGCAAUAGAUUGGGCAUGUGGUCCUGGCAACGUCGACUGCACAGCCAUACAGCCUAGUCAGCCUUGUUUUGAGCCAGAUAACCUCGCUUCUCAUGCAUCUUUUGCAUUUAAUAGCUAUUAUCAGCAAAACGGAGCUUCUGAUGUUGCAUGCAGUUUUGGGGGCACCGGUAUAAAAGUUGACAAGGAUCCAAGCUAUGACAACUGCAUUUACAUGAGAGCUGGAAGUAACAAAACUGUGACAAGCAAUACAACGGCAAUGUCUUCUUCAACUUCAUCCUCUUCCCAGAAGGGAAAUUCAACACUAGUUUUUACUAUUCUUCUUGUAACUUGUCUCUCCGCCUUGAUGCAUAUUCAACGGUACUGACAAGCUAGAUUGUUGAAAGUGCAGCACGAUUUUGCUUUGUUUUAGAUGUAUGCUGCAUUAGACAUGGUUGGGGAAGUAAUAGUUUAGUGGAAAGCGUUGGUAUGCUCUGUGUAAUGUAUGCAUCAGAAAAAAAGUGUAAACUCCGUUGUUGUUAUAUAAGAAUUGUUUUUUCUUCA